AUGCUGCAGGAUGAAGGAUCGUCGUCAAAGCGUCGUGAAAGGGUCUUGAAGGCGUGCGACUUCUGUCGUGGUAGAAAGGUUAAAUGUGAUGGUAAUCAACCAUGUGCAAAUUGUACCCAAAAUCUUACUGAGUGUCACUACAAACUUACUCCAAAUAAACGAAGAGCCGUUAAGCCCAAAGUAACGCAAAAGACUAAGCUUGAGUUCAUCGAUGAUCGACUUUCUAGAUUAGAAGGAAUCUUGCUGAACUUUGUCGAUCGAUUCGAUGGGAAAUAUUCAAGCAGCAAUAAGAAAAGGCAGUCUCAUCAUAAACAAAAAUCAGAUGAUGGUGGGAGCGUUGAUGAUGAUGUAACAGACUCUUGUGCCACCACAGACGAAGAAUCUAGUGAAGUCGAAAUCAGUUCUUCUCAUGAUACCAACAUCAAACCUUUUAAUACUGGCAGUGAUGAUAAAAUAACUACAAAGAAAACUAAACAUAGCCUCGACAAUAAUGGGGAGAUUAAACAAGAAUCAGAAAUAGCGACAGCUCCUGAUAAGAACAAAAAUGGUGAAAAUACAGAAUCAGAACCCCCUUUCAAGGAACCAAAAACAGAGGAGUAUUUUGGAAAUCAUUCAAUUGUUUCGAUGUUUUCAGAAAAAUCUCUCUCAACAAUUCAAGAAACCUUGGGGAAUGAAAAUGCUAAUCUAGUGGAUCCAAUUAGGAAGAUCCCCUUUGUUUUCCAAAAUAUUCUGAAACCAGCGUUACUUAAAUGGAUAGACCCUCCGUUAUUGGAUCCAAGAAAAAAGAGAAAACUUUUCCAGGGUAUCUUUCCUGAAGAUAGAAAAUUCGUUGACGAUUUGUUGAAAUUGUAUUACAGUGACAUGUUUUUACCCUCGUUCCUAGUUCCUACAGAUCAUAUUCAACAUCUUUUUGAUAUAUACUAUAGACUGAGACGUCCGACUGCUGCAGCUAGUGCAUCUACUGUGGAAGAAGCGGCGGCUGCUGACACUCCACCUCGUACAAGACGACUCAAGAUAUCUGAACUUUUGAUAAUGUCUUUAUCCCUCUGCUUCUGUAUUUCUUCGAAAAUUGACUGUGAUACACGUGGAGAUGGCCAAUAUGGUUCAUCUUCAAUACAUAAAAAUCCAAAUUCUUUGAAAGAUCUCAGCACUGAGAAAUUAGUGAAAAUAAGGGAAGAAUACUUUGAUUAUGCUGUGCAAUAUUAUCGUAUGAUUCUGGUGGUUAGUGACGGAGUGGAGACGAUUUUAGCGAUUCUUUACUUGCUCAUCUACGUUGAGAGUAAUUUCCUCACCAUUCAUGUCAACUAUAUCUUGAUUGCGGUGGCCAUUAGAUUUGCACAAGAAAUCGGUCUUCAUAGGCCUGAAUCGUACGAAGUAUUGCCCCUCGAAGAAAGAGAAACUCGUAGGCGAUUAUGGCUUGCAUGUCGUGCACUUGAUAUAGAAAUCUGCUAUCGUAGUGGUAAACCACCAUCGAUCAGUUUCCACGAUGAAGAAUUAUUUGCGGUCCCAAGUUAUGGUAAUCCAAGCUUAACGGGCUUACCAUUCUCAUUACUGCUGCAUGAAAACUCCUGUGUAUAUUUCAUGCUGGAGUUCACUCGUUUAAGAGCUGUCAGUUACCACAAGCUCCUCUGUGAUUCUACUCUUAAUUCUUCAUUGGAGAGUGUUGUAGAAACACUUAGUACUCUCAAUAAUGGUCUAUUCGCCAUUACCGACUUAAUGACUCCAGAAACAAAACCAAGACUCUUUUAUGACGCACAGUUCCAAACCCAUGUUUUCGAUGGGAGGCAAUCCAAAGUGGGACCAGGUCAAUGGACCAUAAAGUUAAGUUUCUUUUCACACUUAAUGCUCAUUAACAGAAUUCCUUCGAUGUUGGUGAUGGGUACUCAAACGGAGGAGACUUCGUACUUUCAGGAAUUGUCUUUAAAUAGUGCUCGGACUGUUUUAAUGCUUGUGAAUGACGUUCAUCGUUUAAAGUUGGCAAACUUGGUAUGGAAUUGGAAUUUCUUUUAUCCAAUUGCUGCUUUCUUGAAUUUAUUGGGGAAUUGUCUUUGUAAACCAGAGUCUCCUGAUUUGUUUAAUGAUGUUAAUUUAUUGAUUGAAAUUUCAAUGGAACAUUUUGCAACCAAGGAACAAGUUAAAAAUAUGGAAGAUAAUACUUAUGAUCUUCGAGCAAGAAUGAUGGAUCUUACCAUUAGGUUAUUAUUAAGAGUUUUGAUCUGCUUUACUGAUAGAUUCAGUACUUUAAGACUCCCGGCUAAAAUUUAA